GUAAAGCAUAAUGACGUGUCGCUGACAACGACGAUCAUUCGAGGAACACACCUAAUUGUUAGCAGACAACCGGCUGCGCAGGCCGCGUCGCCAGACCUUCUCAAACUGCAUGGAUCACGACACGAAGCAAGACAAACACGAGGACUAAACAGGCACGAUGAAACGAAUUUCGCGCAGACAGACCACGUUCCCCGCCUCGACCAAUUUAACCCAGAAAAAGGAGCCUCGCCCACGACCCAUUAUUCCUCAGGGACAGAAUGCUCUGCGCGGUCACAGGGCACCCGGCGCGGAAAGUAGCGGUAACCCUCCACCCAUGAAGAAUUUCCACGACCAAGAAACACUCGAAACAGUCGAGGAGUCCGUCGUUACGUAAUCCCACUUUCCUCGAGAGACCUCGUCGACACCUCGGGACAGAGGUCUGCCAAGAAGUCAGCCGGGAUCAUCUCGACUGACUCGAGGAGUUAGACGUAUCUGAGCGAGUUAGAAAGCACGCGAGGAUCGUUUUCGCGAAAUUACGCGGCAGUGACACGAUCGGGAGCGAACGAGUGCGACACGGUCAUACGGUGAACCUGGCUAACAAAGCGGACCGCCUGCGCAACUUGCACGUACGCGACGUAGCCUCGCGGUGUGUCACGCUUGGCGUUCCAGUUUAAGUUGGUCCGCCACACAGUGUGGAACUACGUGUUUCCUCGCCGAUUCCACCUUCUCCAAGCUGCCAUCGACGUGACUACGCUCCUGCUCAGACCGAACGAUCGAUAGUGACCGAUCUCUACGAUCGACCUCGCGAUUCCAUUAGAAUUCCUGCAAAUUCUUCCGCUACUAUCUGGUGUGGUGAAGAGAACAAAGCUGACCGGAGAGUGUGCGUGACUCGGUUCGAGGAAUCGGAUUGUGUCUUCGAGUCCACGUGGGUGGAAGUACGAAGUGGUUGAAAGAGAUGCUUAUCGCGUUAUUCGCUGCUACCAAGGUUCAAUUUGCUUGAUGAGAGGAGAUUAGGAACGAGGGGUGAAAAGAAUUGCUCGUGAACAAAGGGUGGACUUGAAAUCUUUCAAACUGGGUGACGGCAGAGGAAAACACCGCAGAGUCAGAAUGGCAGACGAGAGUCAGCAGGACCAGCCUGCCCGUAAGGAACGGAAUAUAAUGAGGCACAUACCGCUUCUGAUGAAAAUUAUGGAAGUUAUCCUGUCUGUGUUCUCGAUCGGAUUAAUCGUCGAUCCACUAAAUUCGUUCCAAAAGAUCUUGGUCAGAUCGCACUUCAAGCUGGACGAUGCUGCGAUAAUUUACAUCGCUAUCGGUAGUUACAUGAUAAUAAACACGCUUUUCAUCAUCUGCCACAUGAUUGGAGAUCGAAUACCGCAGAGAUCGCUGAUAAUAUUCGCCUCGGUCGGCGCGCUUCUGCACAUCGUGGCUGGAAGCGUGAUUGUCUACAAUUGGCGGACGAUCCUCGGCCCUUAUUUCAACAACAACGGAUACUAUCCAAGCAAACAGUACAUGGACAUGUUAAUAUCAGGAUCUAUAUUCACAUUCGCCAACUCGGUGGCUUUCAUCUUCGAGAUCUUCUUCCUCGUCAAAUUCUGGUCCAAGACCACUGAGUGAAGAGGGACAACAGCACUGUCUACGAAUCAGAACGAGUGUUAUGAAAAAUUUGUGAGAAUCGCACCUGCAAGUGCACACUCGACGAUAUCGACGAUGAAGUAUCAACGAGGCUGUAAAAAUAUCUCGUUAACUAAUUAUACGGAAAUUUUGGAAGAAUAUCACGCGUUUAUGGAAAAAGAGAUUAGGGACAUUGGAGAUGAUGACGAAUAGCGUCUGAUGACUUGCUACGAGGUAUCUUGGAGGCUUUAAACGAUACAAAUUCUACAAAUGUAAAUGUUAAAAAUGUAUAUGUUGUAAUAGUAAUAUUUUUAAAUAAGCGUUGCGAAUAGAAUGUCGGAUAUUUUCGAGAAACAGCAUGAAAUUUGGAGCGAAAAAGUAGAAAAGCAAAUGGCUUUCCACCGAAUGUGUUCCACGUCGUGCAUUGAAGAAUAAUCGAGUAAGAGAAAAUUGUGUACAGUAAAGCACAGUCCAAAAACAAUUCACGAGCCAAAUAUUCAAAGAUUAGCUGUAAGUUUGAGUCCGUCCAAUUUUUUGAAAGAAAAUUUAGCUUAGAUAUCGCGCGAAAAUUAGGGCUGUAGGCAUGUUUAGGAAAUGUACAAAUUAUGGCGCAGUGAAUUUUAUCGUAGGUAAUUAGGUUAAAUGAACUAUAGCUUUAAAUUACAGACGAUCAUGAUAAUAAUAUUUUAGGUUCGUUUUAUAGGAUUCGUAGUCGUAAUUCUUUUCUUUCUGUAACGUAGCAUGUAAUAAUCAGUAGCAAUUAAUAUCCAAAGAUUUUCUACGUCUAAGACACACGUUAUA